CCCCCGCUGCAACCACUGACGAUUCCUCAUUCUUCCCAUCCACUGUUGCAACCAUCAUGUCAAAAGCGGUGUUCGGUGAUUAGAGACACCGGAUACAUCAACAUAUGGUACCAUAUAGGAGGAAAUCCACAAUCAAUUUAUAAACACUUCGUAACCUUUCGUUUUCUCUCACUCUCGCGCUCACUGCGAGGCUCUGGCUGCGCGCAAUCGACUAUGCCGCGGACAGUCAAAGUGGCCGUCAUCGGGAGUGGCCUGGCCGGCCUGACCGCUGCUCAUCUGCUUGCCUCCCAGACGCACUCGGAUCGGGAGGUGGACUUCGAGGUGCAUCUGUUCGAGAAGGCUGCUAUGCUCGGGAUGGACUCCGCGUCUGUGUCCAUAAGGAACUUUGGGAAGCAGGAAUGGAGGGUCGACGUGCCGAUGCGGUCUUUCCAGGGCGGAUACUACCCGCGCCUUAUUGCUCUGUAUGAAAAACUCGGGAUCCCCUUCCGGCAGAGAGACUUUUCCUACUCGUUCUCUUCGUACUCCCGGCUCGCAGACAAGACACCGUUGCAGACGACUCUAAUAUACAAUGGCACGUCAGGCCGGAAGGGCCUGGGGAUACCUGCCUGGAUGAAGGACUUGCACCUUCGCAGGCCACGAUACGCGCUGCUCACGCGCGCUUUCGUGUUCGUCUUGUUUAUCUUCUCGACACUACAGUUCCUCGUGUGCUACGUGCGACUGCUGCUGUUUGCCGUUCCUGCACUGAGAUCGACGCGACACAACGAAUACACCUUCCGCGAAUGGGUUGAGGACACGACUCCUCGCAGUUUGGUUGCCCGUGUACUGCGAUUUGACUGUGUGUGGAGAUCGUUCACGGAGGACGUUCUCAUUCCACUCUUCUCUGCUGUUUGUACCGCUCCGGAAGAAUCUAUCAACGCUCAUCCAGUCGAAGAGUUUCUUGAUUACAUUUGGCUUACACUCGGCACGCACCAUUACGUUGUGACUAAGGGUGUUAGAGAUGCAGUCCGACAUCUGACUACCAACAUCAAAAAUAUCCAUCUUUCGGCGCGAAUCGUUGGCUUGGAGUCGGACUCCAGUGAUCGACGCCUCGUGGCGAUCGAGUACUCGACCGGGUCGGGCACGAAAAUUGCACGCGGAUUCCACCAUGUGGUGUUUGCGACCCAAGCCAGCCGCGCCGUGCCCUUAUUGGCGACAUACGCAGCGGAUCUCCCGGCCGAGUCCGCGGCCAAGCACGCUGUGAUGGCCCAGAUCCAAUGCCUGGAGAGCUUCCACUACGUGCGGACAGUGGUCGUCAACCACACCGACGACUCGAACACCCUGCUGCCCUCCGACAGGCGGGACCGCCGAGAUCUCAAUCUAGUCGCCGCCGCCCAGCCGACCCGCGAUGCGCUCAACGCGUGGUCGCCUCACCGGGUCGCCCCGACCCACGCCAUGACCACGCAUGUCCUGGAGCCUCCUCCCGGGUUCGGCUACGACCGACCCGUGUUCCAGACGACGAACCCGUUCGUCGAUAUCCUCGAUGACCGGAUCCUGAGCGUCGCGACGCUCGAGCGCGCGGUGCUCACGCCCGCGUCGAAAGCGGCUCUCCGCCGCCUGUGCGUGCAGACGCGCAGGAAGUGGUGGCAGUCGUCUGCCGAAGCCGAGUACGCCGUUGGGGAUCUGCAGGGCGCCGGGAGGAUGGCAUCGGGCGCCAGCGCGGGUAUCUGGAUCUGCGGGUCGUAUGCGCAUGCAGGGAUUCCCUUGCUGGAGGGCUGUGUCGUCAGCGCGCGCAAUGUCUACCAGGCGAUAUGUAAGACGGAGGGCUUGUUACCGGGCCAUGCUAGCUAUUUCUGAGGAUUUUGUUCUAAGUUAUGUGCUGUAUGAGCUUUCAGUGGGUCUUGAAUGAGUCAUAUUUCGCA